UGGGAGCCUUCGCACUGGGGGCGGGAUCGGGUCCGGUUUAAUCUCGGGCUCCGCCGGAUUACGGUCGCAGGAUAGUCUCUAAUCCGCGGCACCGGCCACCGGGGGCUGCUUGUCCCAGCCCGCAGCAGAGGCACCGCGGAGAGGGGGCAGAGCCUGAGUAGAGCCCAUAGCAAGCCCAGCUGUCUCCCAGCCAUGGAUACCACGGACGUGCCCCUCCAGGCCGAGAUGGUGGAGCUGGUGCCCAACGGGAAGCACACGGCCGCACUCACCGCCUCCGCUGUCCCCUCACUGGCGGGUGACAGAUUUGAAGAGAACCAGACUGGCGUGGCAGAGAUGGAGGAGUUCCUGCCCCAUGGUGCCGAGAAGAAGCAGACACACUUCACUGAUUUUGAAGGGAAGACGUCUUUCGGGAUGUCCGUCUUCAAUCUGAGCAAUGCCAUCAUGGGCAGCGGCAUCCUGGGGCUGGCCUAUGCCAUGGCCAACACCGGCAUCAUCCUCUUCCUCUUCCUCCUGACAGCAGUGGCCCUGCUCUCCAGCUACUCCAUCCACCUGCUGCUCAAGUCCUCAGGCAUUGUGGGCAUCCGUGCCUAUGAGCAGCUGGGCUACCGAGCGUUCGGCACGCCGGGGAAGCUGGCGGCGGCCAUCGCCAUCACGCUGCAGAACAUCGGGGCCAUGUCCAGCUACCUGUACAUUGUCAAAUCUGAAGUGCCUCUGGUCAUCCAGACCUUCCUGAACCUGGAGGAGAAGACCACGGACUGGUACAUGAAUGGGAACUACCUGGUGAUCCUGGUUUCUGUCACCAUUAUCCUGCCCCUGGCCCUCAUGAAGCAGCUGGGCUACCUUGGCUACGCCAGCGGCUUCUCCCUCAGCUGUAUGGUCUUCUUCCUGAUCUCGGUCAUCUACAAGAAGUUCCAGAUCCCCUGCCCACUUCCGGAGCAGGAGGGGAACACCACGGGCAUCCUCAACGUCACCACUGUCAGCACCAGUGACUACCAGAAUGGCUACACAGUCCUCCAGGCCCCCGAGCAGGACACUUGCACACCCAGCUUUUUCACCCUGAACUCACAGACAGCCUACACCAUCCCCAUCAUGGCCUUUGCCUUCGUCUGCCACCCCGAGGUCCUGCCCAUCUACACCGAGCUGAAGGACCCCUCCAAGAAGAAGAUGCAGUGCAUCUCCAACAUCUCCAUCACGGUCAUGUACCUCAUGUACUUCUUGGCUGCCCUCUUUGGCUACCUCACGUUUUACGACCGUGUGGAGUCAGAGCUGCUGCACACUUACAACAAGGUGGACCCCUUUGAUGUGCUUAUCCUGUGUGUGCGUGUGGCUGUGCUGACGGCUGUCACCCUCACCGUCCCCAUCGUCCUCUUCCCGGUGCGUCGGGCCAUCCAGCAGAUGCUGUUCCAAGGGAAAGACUUCAGCUGGAUCCGCCACAUCGCCAUUGCUGUGAUCCUGCUGACCUUCAUCAACCUCCUCGUCAUCUUUGCCCCCUCCAUUCUCGGCAUCUUCGGCUUGAUUGGUGCCACCUCCGCUCCCUGCCUCAUCUUCAUCUUCCCUGCCAUCUUCUACAUCCGCAUCAUGCCCAAGGACAAGGAGCCACUGCGCUCCACCCCCAAAAUAUUGGCUGCCUGCUUUGCCCUCCUCGGGGUGGUCUUCAUGAUUAUGAGCUUGAGCUUCAUCAUCAUCGACUGGGCCACGGGUGGGGGGAAGAGCGGCGGCAGCCACUAGCCACUGCCGGUGCCCAAGCCAACCUCGCCCCCGCCCACCCGGUGCCCCAGGGAGAGCCCACCCUGGGCUCAGCCCCCAUGCUGCAGCCCCACCAGGAUUCCCUGGGGACUUCUGCUGUUGCUGCCCGUCACCUGUGGUGAUGGUGAGAGGGCACGAGCCAUGGCAGGCAGGGAGACUCCUUGACCUGUGUCCGGGAUGGGGCAGUGAGCCCGGGGCAGGUCCUGUGCCCUCCAGCCACUCCAGCAGGCACCUUCCCUGCUCUGCGCCUCAGUUUCCCCAUCUGUAAAAUGGGGACAGUAACACUGCCCUACCUCACCCGGAGCUGGCUGUCACGUGGAGCUCUUCUGCACCCCAAGAGCCACCAGCAGCAGGCACUGCCAGGGGCGCAGGGCACUGCCUGCCGUGGGGACCAAGGCUGGGCACUUCCCUGGCCUCCCCCAGAUAGCAUCAAGAGCCUGAUGAACAGCGUCCGUGGGGGCUGGAAUCCAGCGGGGCGGUCGGACCUGUGACAGCACCUGUGCCCAAGCCACCCGCCCUCUCCCCUGCCAUGCCCCCAUCCCCAGAGAGAUGCCACCCGCUGCCCUGGUAUCACGGGGCACCCCGCUCCCUGUGGACAGGCGUGGCCCUCAUGCUGUGGCUGGUGGUGCUCAGCCUGCUGCUCCUGAGCCUGCCAGGGGACCUGUUGGCUCGGGUGCCUGUGGAUGGGACCCUGCUGACCCCUGGGCCAUGUACGGGGGACCAGCUGCAUUGCUCCAGGGAGGUGGCACACAUGCCAUGGGCUUGGCAUCCACUGGCAUCCUGCCCAUGCUGCGGCUGGGCUGCUGGGGCCUGGU